AUGCUGGGCAAUCUGACACGCAAACCCAGCCAAGACAAUAAUACCGAUAACCCUUCGAAUCAACCCGCAGCAUCAUCCUCGACAUCCGCACUGAAACCGCAGACCUCCGAAGCCUCUGCCCACAAACCAAAGAUUAACGUGACUUCCAUCACAAAACCACAGUCGAGCCAAAAUCCGUUUGCCCAACUCGGUAUGCAAGACGCCGAGGUAGCUGGAGAUGCAUCCGCCUCCACAGGUAGUUCCCGUCCUGCUCGCAAACGGUCCGCGCCUGAUGUUGACGACGCCGAUUCAGCACCGCCCGCUCAUAAACAAACUCCAAAGCCAGUGCAGCAGCAGCAGCAGCAGCAGAAGCAGCCCGAGACGGAUGAGGAAUAUGCACAUCGGGUGCUGUCACAAAUCUUCCGCCUUUCUGUUGAUCCUCACCAUAUGACAGACCCCCAAGGCCAGCGUCUAGUCUUUCUACCGAGUUUGAACCAGGAGCUGAACGAUUCUGGCGGCCCUCUGAAGCUAUCCAUUGGUACUCUUGACCAGGCCAUCAUAGAGGCCUGUAGCAUCUGGGACCCGACGAAACCUCUUCUAGAGUACCUGCUGCCUUGUUGGAAACGAGCUGUCAGGGCGUCCAAUACGGCCAAGAAUGUUUCAGCUUCCAGACAAGGAAUUCUCGACGAGGCCAGGCGGCUUUGCAUGAGCAACUGCCUGUUCGCGUUGACUAUGCCAGCUCUUUAUGGUCGUGACCCAAACCCUCAGCAUGAUACGCUCGUGCCUUACUUGUUAAAAGGUAUCCAGGCCGACGGUGGUCUUUGUGUCGACUUUAUCACAGAAGCUAUCCAGCGAUUUGGCGAGGAUGAAGCGUUCCCCGCCCUAUUCAAUGAUGCCAUGGUCCAAAUUAGCAGCCAACUGUCUACCUUGUCCCUGGGGGACGAGUACAAGCCCCAUGUUCAGGCUCUCCUCACGUAUACGCGAUUUCCCGUACUCGUUGCCAAUCUUGCCCAACACCCUUCCUUCAACCAGGCACAGUCUGCUGCUGGCAUUGAGCGGCACACCAUUCUCGGCCCUUUUUUUCGCAUCUCCCCCCUUCAACCCGAGGCCAUCAAAAGCUACUUCCCCGGCGCCCGCUCUCUUGAUAGAGGUAGAAUUGCCAAUGCCCAGGAGUCUUUACGAAUCGUUUUGAGAGCGCACCAGGAUGAUCUUUUUGUCAUUGCCAAUGCUUUUAUUCGCGCCGGCCCAGACACGAGAAGCAGGACGCUCGACUGGUUCGCAUAUAUAUUGAAUACAAAUCACAAGAGGAGAGCCAUGCAAGUUGACCCUCGAGAAGUUGCCUCGGAUGGUUUUAUGCUCAACGUGGCCACAAUCAUGGACCGAUUUUGCGAGCCUUUCAUGGAUAACGACUUCAGUAAGGUGGACAAGAUUGAUGUGCGCUAUUUCAGGAGACAGCCCCGAGUCGACAUCAAAGAUGAGACGAAACUGAACGCAGACCAAGCCACUGCCGACCAAUACUACGCAGAAAAGGUCCAAGGAGAUUCUAAUUUCAUUUCGGAGGCCUUUUUUCUCGCCCUGGCGGCCCAUCAUUAUGGAAGCGGGGCGUUGAAUUCACAGCUCAAGAAUCUGGAUCGAGAAAUCAAGUACCUGGACAAGCACAUCAAGGCCAUGGAGGCUGAACGCUCUAAACUCGUCAAUAUACCCCAUCAACUUAGACUGCUCGAAGAAACCCUGAAACGACACACCAAUGUCUUGGAAAAAACGAUUGCGCUGAAGCAUGCCAUUGAGGGCGCAUUGCUUGACGAGCGAAUGCAAAGCACAUCGCUUCGCUUCAUGCGUUACGUCGCUGUAUGGCUAUUACGACUUGUCACUGACUCAGAUUACAAACCUGGUAAAGAGACUCAACUGAUCAGGCUACCCCUAUCUUCCGACAACUCGGAGGCAUUUGCUUGUCUUCCGGAAUAUGCCCUACAAAACAUUGUGGACAAUUUCAAGUUCAUCUUUAGGUUCCUUCCGAAAAUUAUUCCCAGUGCCGUCGGCGACGAAAUGAUUGCCUUGUGCAUCACUUUCUUGCGAUCAUCUGAAUUCAUCAAGAACCCAUAUCUCAAGUCCUCACUGGUCUCACUCCUGUUUUCCGGAACCUGGCCAUUCAUGCACUUGAAGAAGGGAGUCUUUGGCGAUCAGCUCAUGACGCUGCCUUUUGCCAACGAAUACCUGUUGCAGGCCCUGAUGAAGUUCUAUAUAGAAUGCGAGUCUACCGGUGCCAACACUGCUUUUUAUGACAAAUUCAACAUCCGAUACGAAAUUUUCCAGGUCAUCAAAUGCGUCUGGAGCAAUGAUGUCUACAAACAGCAGUUGACGCGGGAGAGCAAAACGAACCGCGGUUUCUUUGUUCAAUUUGUGAACAUGUUACUGAACGAUGCUACCUAUGUCUUGGACGAGGCCUUCACAAAGUUUCCCAAGAUCAGAAGUCUAGAGCGAGAGCUGGAAAACGCUUCUCUGUCGGCUGAAGAUCGGCAGAAGAAGGAGGAAGAGCUGCAAACACUCGGCGGACAAGCUACGUCGUACAUGCAGUUGGCAAACGAGACGCUGGAGAUGAUGAAGCUCUUCACCAAAGCGCUGAGCGAGUCGUUUACCAUGCCUGAAAUUGUCUUUCGCCUAGCAAGCAUGUUGAACUACAACUUGGAGACCCUGGCUGGCAAAAAGGCUGCCGCAGAGCUGUCCGUUUCCAACAAGGACAAGUAUCAUUUUCGGCCCAUCCAACUCCUUUCCGACUUUGUCGACAUUUAUCUCCACCUCGGCUACUCGCACGUAUUCGUGAAUGCUGUUGCAGCAGACGGGCGAUCCUACAAAUCCGAAGUCCUUGACCGCGUGACUCGCAUCUUGACAUCCAAGAACGCAAAGGAUCCCUCUGAUUUAGCGCAAUGGGAGAAGGUAAAGGCGCAAUUCGAAGAGGCGAAACACGAACUGGACCAGGCUGAGCUCGACCUGGGCGAUAUCCCAGCAGAGUUCGAGGACCCCAUCAUGGGCGACCUGAUGAAGGACCCGGUGCUCCUGCCCAGUCGACAUAUCGUGGAUAGAUCAACCAUUGUGCAGCAUUUACUGAGUGACGCCAAGGACCCAUUUACACGGCAGCCCAUGACGAUUGAUGAUGCCAUUCCACAAACGGAAUUGAAGCAGAGGAUUGUUCAAUGGCGAGAGGACAGGGUGAGGAUUGCGAAGGAGCAGGCAGUUGCAUCAAAGGGUGAGCAAAUGGAUACCUCGGGGGGUUAG